AUGAAGAUCGUCAAUAGGCCAAAAACACGGAAGCUGACUCGGUGGGACAGCGACAAGGAUGUUUUGACGGGUCUCUGGAUCCAACAUGUGUGCCAGGAAGAAGGAGUUAAGAUUCCGUGGCACAAAAUUGUACCCCAUAUCGGACCCAAUGUUACCGUUGGCGCCCUUUUGCAACAUCAGGCAAAACUUCGAGACCAAUAUGAACGAAAGGGUUUCCACGUCCCUCCCGCUAGCAAUCGGCGCGGUAAAAAGUCCCGUGUAUCAGGCUUGGCUGCUGAGGAGGACGAUCUGUCGCAGGUUGCCACAUAUCAGUUGCCGCAUCUAGCUUCUGAGCAGCAGGGCCUGUCCAUGACAUCCAACAAGACGGAGACUGCUUUCGAUGAUGAUGGAGAAGAAAGCGACGAAACAUAUAGUGAAUCGAAACCAAAAGGGCGAAAGAAGCAAACUCGUGCCGGUAAAAGAAAGCCUCGGUCCCGCAAGGCACCGGCUGUGGCUAUCAAACAUGAGGAGGACUCAGUGAAUGAUGAUCCUUGGGACUCUGAAGUAACCGAAGAACACAAGACCUUACUCACUGACGAAGAUUACGUCUCAUACCAAAAUACUGAACAGACACGCGCUGAGGCCCUCAAUUCGCAGUAUCCGGGCCCCGGACACUUUGAAGUAGAGGAGUCAGUCUCUCUAGGAGCUUCUUUGAUGGAAUUCGCCGCUUCUCCAAACUCUUCGGCUGACGAACCCCGUCGUCCUAGUAAAAUUGUUGUUCUUCCCAUCAAGAGCGGAUCAGAAAGAUUUCCAAUGGGGUUGAGACACUGGCCAAGCCAGGCUACAACAGAUAGCCAGCUUGGGGAGAAUAUCUCAAGCAACCCCACUGAAAGCAGCUCUGCUAGCGAGUCCCAACCUUCAAACGAGAUGAGCCAACAGGCUUUCCCUGCGAGUAAUAUCGGCGCUAAUGAGGUAAAUAUUCACGACCAAUAUGACGGUAAUCACGAGUUCACUCAAGCCCGCAUGGCGAGCUACAACAAUCUUUCCACUCUUCCACAAGGCCUUCAACAGAUCAGCGCCUUGAGCGGAGCUAACCUCAUGAACCCGAAUUACAUGCAGGCUGUGAGUAGCUUUGACCAAGCUGCACCACCAGUUCCAGCCAUGGGAGUUGGCGACAGUUCAGGCUGGCAACAGGGAUCAGCAAUCCAAGCGCUCGAGUCAUACCACCUGCAAGCCUUCCCUGACAGCCAAUAUCUCGGCACCACUGGUACAGGAAAUUCGAACAAUGGGGGCGGCAAUUUUGAACCGAUUUCUGCUGCAUAUGGUAAGCUCUUGGGCGAGAAAUGUCAAAUUCGCGAAUGCAUAAAGACUUCCACUGACAAAGUAUAUCUCAAAGCAGGAGAUCAAGCAAGCUCCUCAUAUCAAUUAGCCCAGUUUGAGGCUUAUAUGCCUAAACAUGACACCAGUGCUCCUCUCGUGUCCCCGUCUAUGGCACCGGUUUCAAAUAGUGGCCCGGAGCAGCACGAAUACCCUCAGACCAACAUCUCAGAUAGGCUCGCCAGACGUACAAGAUCAAAUAGAGACAACAGCCGUCGCCAAACGCGAUUUGAGCCUUAUCCCUCUAAUUCAAUCAAUGUUGAGGGGACGCCUUUGGUCGAUGCGGAAAUUGGCAUUCCAAGCAACGGCAAUGCAAUUGCGGCGGCUUCAAAUCUCGCGAAAUUUACUACUUCAGACGAACUUGAAAAUGAUGCUGAAGUCGGUAGACCUUCAGCGACAAAUAUGCAAGAUAGGCUGAGCUCAGACGACCGUGUCCCAGGGCCGGCUAUGGAAAGAAACAGGGAAACUCAAGACCCUCAUCUUGGAGAUUCUGUUGUCAAUUCGGAAUAUUUGGCUAGUGAGCAAGCCGAGGAGAUUCCACCAUUCCCUUAUUCAAUCCCUGGCUUCCAGGAGUGGGUUGAAGAGCAGGACAGGAUCGACAUGUUCGGGGAAGCAAAUGGCGAGAUGUUCCUCGAUCCUGUCCCAUUCGACUCAUUCUAG